AUGUCCUUGAAGAUUAGUCACGGGAUAGAGGAGAAAUCUGCAUGUGGGCAUGUGCAAGAAUCCAGUCCACCUGAGUACAGUUCGGAGAACUUAUUGUCUUCCGAGAAGCCGCCUUCCACGAGCAGCACGCGAGAAAUCCCUGUGCUUCGAUCCUUUUCGACAGCACCGUCAGCUAUAUUAGAGUACAAAAUGCCAAUGCUUAGCGGGCAUCAUCGAGGAGACUUACAGGAUGAGUAUUAUCGUCGUGAAGUUAUGACAAGAACUGUUAUCACAAGAAGUACAGAAGCUCUUUCACAACAGCCACCCCUUGGGCGAUCUUCUCCCAUUGAGAGUCAGUUGUAUGUGAGAUAUCCAGACCCAAACACUCGGGAAGAAAAGACAGUUGAUUACAAAAUCACGUAUCACCAUGACAUUGAAGAGGAAGAGCGGCGAAUCCGUGACCAGCAGGACAGGCGAAGAAAGGAAGAGGAGGAAAGACGAAGGAGGGAAGAGGAGAGCAGACGAGCAUGGGAACAGCGCGAACGAGAGCUUCUUGAACGCUUGCGGACGGACAGGGAACGCAAACAGAAAGAUCUUGAGUAUACCAUCCAGGAAAGAGAGAAAAUGGAAAAGGAGCGCAUUGAGAAGGCUCGCUUGGAGCGGGAAAGGACAGAAAUGCAGAGGCGUGCUGAAUGGGAGAGAAUGGAGAACGAACGUAGAUCACUAGAAGAAGAAGAUCUGGCCAGAAGACGACAACUAGAGAAAGAACGUUUGGAACGGGAAAGAGCUGAAGAAGAGCAGCGAGAACGAUUACGAUUGGAGAGGGAGCGGGAGCAUUUGGAGAGACUGCGACUAGAAGAGGAACGAAGGGAGCAGGAGCGACUCGAGAAGGAAAGGAUAGAACGUGAGCGAAUCGAAAGAGAAAGAAUAGAAAUCGAGCGCAUUGAGCGCAUAAAAAGGGAGCGGAUUGAGAGAGAACGCAGAGAAAGAGAAAAGGAAAGAGAAGAGCUGGAGAAACUGCAAAGAGAACGGGAGGAGCUCGAACGUCUGGAGAAAGAGCGACGGGACCUGGAAAUCAAAGAGCGCGAGAUGAUUGAAUUGCAAAGAAUGGAAGCGGCAGAGCGUGAAAAACAGCGACUGGAAGAUGAAGCGAGAGAAGCACGACGAAGAGAGGAGGAACGACGUGAAGCCGAUCUGCUGGCUGACAUUCAAAGACAGGCAGAGGAGCGCGAAAGGCUCCGUCGUGCCCAGGAAAGAGAGGAGAAGGAGCGGCUGGAGCGUAUACGCAGAGAACAGCAACGAGUGGAAAUGGAAAGAAGUGAGGCUGAGCGAAGGGAAAGAGAGCGCCUUGAGGACGAAAGAAGGGAAAAGGAGCUGUUGGAGGCUCAGCUGAGGAAAAAGGAACAACGUGAGCGUGAACGCUUGGAAGAUCUGGAGAGAGAAAACAUGCUGCAAGAGGAGGAAAUGCGAGAAAGGGCCCGACGCGAAAUUGAGCGAAGAGCGGCAGCUGAAAGAGAAAGGCUGAGAAGAGAGGAGGAAGAGAAAGAAAGACUCGGUAUGUUCGAGCUGGAACGCGCUGCUGCGAAUAGAAAAUUGCAACGGCAAGCUGACCUGGAAAGGGAAAGGCAGAGAGAAGAGCUGGACAAGAAAGCUUCAGAAAUAGCAGAAAUGGAAAGGAGGGCGAGCGAGCGACGCGAAAUGGAGAGGUUGGAAGAAGAGCGAAGCCUAGCCGAGCUCAGAGAAAAAGAGCGAAGGAAUCAUGAGAUCAGGGAUAGGGAAAGAAAAGAGGCUGAAGAGAGAGCUGCUGCUCGCCAGAGGGUAGGUAUUCGUACUGUAUUUUAG